GCUUUUGCAUUCGAUAUCGAUGGCGUCCUCGUCCGCAGCAAGGAUCCCCUCCCAGGCGCAGCUGCUACUCUUGCAAUGCUUCAGAGGCGCAAUAUCCCCUUUAUCUUGUUGACAAAUGGUGGAGGAUCCACAGAAAAAGAUCACGUGGCUUUGCUUGGUCGACGACUCGGUCUUGCAGGUCUUCAUGAAAGACAAUUUGUUCAGAGCCACACACCCUAUCUUGGAUUAGUUCCAACUCUAGCUAACAAGAACAUUCUAGUGCUGGGAGGAACGGGUAGCAAGAUCCGAGAUGUUGCACAUGCCUACGGGUUUAAGAACGUCGUUAUUCCCUCUGACCUAGUCAAGGAUAACAACCACGUUUACCCCUUCCUCGAGUAUACCAAAGACCAUCACUUCGAGCAUGGCAAGGAUGAACUUCCGCGCAUGGAAGACGGUCGAGUCCAGAUUCACGCCAUCCUUGUAUGGUCCUCACCCCGUGACUCUGGUCUCGACCAGCAAAUCAUCCUCGAUCUCCUUCUUUCCGAGAAAGGUAUUAUCGGUACCCGAUCCCCAAAGAACGGAAACACCACCCUCCCGAACAAUGGCUACCUCCAAGACGAUCAACCACCCAUCUACUUCUGCAACCCCGACCUCACGUGGGCAACUGCAUACAACCUCCCACGUGCAGCCCAGGGUCUCUUCAAGGCCGGUCUUGAAGGAGCCUGGUCUGCACUCUCUAACGGUGCCUCUCUGUCUACCCACGUCAGCGUCUUCGGUAAGCCAACCGAAGCUACGUAUAUCUUCGGCGAGCGAGUCCUCCAAGAUUGGCACAAAGAAGUCAACGGUAUUGACGCCAAACCAAUCAAAACUGUCUACAUGAUUGGUGACAACCCAGCUUCCGAUAUUCAAGGCUCCAAGAACUACCAGUCUAGAUAUGGCAGUCAAUGGAAGAGCGUCUUGGUUGAAAGUGGCAUCCACGUCAAGGGAACUGAGCCUGCCCAUCACCCUACUCACAUCGCUGCUGGUGUGAAGGAGGCUGUUGAGUUGGCGUUGGCUGAA